UACUUAGAAAUAUUUUAUAAAACAUAAUUCUUUUGAAAUUUACUGAAAUAAUUCGCGAAUUAGCAUGCAUCUUAAAUCUUAAGAAAAAUAACAACAAAAUUCUCAAAAUGAAUGAAAAAGUAGAUAUAAAAAGUUUUUCAACUGGAAAUACUAGUCUCAAUGACACAAGUAAAAAUGUGGAUUAUACCUCACUUGAUGAAGCUAAUAGUAAUUGGUUGAAACAAUUACAAAGUAUUUGGAAUCAUUGGAAAAAAAGUACACCAGUUUCUAAUGAACUCACUAAAUUUUUCGAGUCUGCUCCCAAUCCGUAUUUGAGUACUCUUAGAAUUUUAUUAAAUGCUGGAGACUUCCAUAAUGUUAAACCAAAGUCUUCUCUAGCACUAACAAUUAUAGAAGAUUUUCGAAAGUGGAUAUCAGUUCACAAAGAAGCUCACAAAAGUUGUCUUGUUCCUGAACUGAAAAUGGCAGCUUUCAAGGGUGUUAGUAAACAACGUAAUAUGCAUCUUGUUAAAUUAGUAUCUGGUACAUAUGAAUUUGAAAAGGAUAAAGAAAUGUUUUUGCCCCUUAUACAGGCGAUGCUGAGUGAGAAAAAGUACAAAGAAGUAGCUCAAUACGCAACAAUAUUGAAUCUGCAAGAUCACUUUGGAGAUGCAGAAUUAAUAUUAUUGCCUCUGAUUCUUCAAAAUAAAAAUACAAUAGUUGAAGAUUUUUUGAAAAAUUGCCCAGAAGUACAAGAAAAAAUAGUUGUAUACCUAGAUAAUAUACUUAGACCAAAAGAAAAGAUGCAAGAUACAUUAAUUAAAUUUAUUGAAGCAAAUAAUAUCACAGAUAUCAAAACAUGUGCGUUACAACCACGUGCAAUGACUAAAUUAGUAACACGUUUGGUUAAAAUAUUUAAUCUAUCACCAGAUAUUUGCCCAAAUUUGCAUCGUAAGCGUGAGGAAGGUACAGUACAAUUUUUUGUUUACAAACGUUUUGUUGAAGGAAGUAUAAGUUCUGAAUGCUGGCGAGAAAUGGUGCAUGAAACUGAUAUCAAAGAUACUAAUAUUCAAAUAAAUUUGGUAUCAAUGAUAUCACAAUACGACCCAGAAGAAGCUUUGUACUGGAUAAAAGUGUUUAAUCUUCCUGAGGACACCUGGCCCUGGGCAGUAGCAAAUUUGGAUAAUAGAUUAACAAAUAAAUUGGACAACUCAUGUGAUACUACUGAAAUUAAUAUUGGAAAUAUACAUCAGGGUGAACCCAAUUAUCAUGUUUUGCGUUUAUCGAGAGAAUCUAUAGAGAUAAUAGAUAAUACAGAAGACUUUAAAAAAUUCAUGAAUCAACAAUUGAUUGAAUUUUCAGUUGUCGGAAUAGAUUCCGAGUGGAAACCAAGCUUCGGAGUGUGGAAAAAAAGUGAAUUAGCUCUUAUACAAAUAGCUACAGACAAAAAUAUUUAUAUUUUAGAUGUAAUUAAAAUAGGACUAAACAACAGAAAAUUAUGGCAGGAAUUUGGCAGUCUGUUGUUUGGUAACAGUAAAAUUACUAAAUUGGGAUUUGGUAUAAGGCAUGAUAUUUUAAUGUUUAAAGAAUGUUUACCAGCAAUGUUUGAAUCAAUAGAAGGAUGUAUGAACUACUUAGACAUUCACUUUUUAUGGAAUAAGCUUGUCAAAGAAUACGAUUUUACAUUUCCUUAUCCAGGAGAUGAUAAUUUUACUGGUGAAAGUCUUAGCAAAUUAGUAGAACUUUGUUUAGGUAAUAGGUUGAAUAAAGCUGAUCAAUGUUCCAAUUGGGGAAGAAGACCUUUGCGUGAAGAUCAGAUAACUUACGCAGCUUUAGAUGCCUAUUGUUUAAUUGAAAUUUAUAAUAUAUUAGUUGAUCUUUGUAAUGAACGUAACAUUCCUCUACAAGAGAUUUGCGAUGAACUUUAUCAGUCUCAGCUUUGUGCGUCACCAAAGAAAAUUAAUAAAAAACCAGAGGUUAAAUCUUCCAUUAAUAGAUUGGUUAUUCGACCUAGUUCGGCAGUUACUAAAGAGACUAUUAAAUUAGAACCUAUUCUUGUACAUCAAUGGAAAGUAAUUUGUGAUGCAGUUUUAACUAAUUUAGUAAAACCUUUAAGAAUGUGUGGCUGUGAUUGCAUUUUCCUUGAUCACGAUCCAAAUUCUAUUCAAUCAAUUAAAAUAGCUCUGCAAGACAAAAGAGUAUUUCUUACACGUAAUCUGAGUCUUGAAAAGCUAAAAAGAUUAGGAUCUUUACCACCAGAGCAAUAUUAUUGCGUUGAAAGUGACAAUUCUGAUGAUCAAUUAAGAGAAGUAAUAAAACAUUUCAAUAUCUCCGUCACAGAAAAUGAUAUUUACAGUCGCUGUCAAAUUUGUAAUUGUGACGAGUUUGUUCAAAUUUCUAAUAAAGCAAUGUGGAAACUUAACCUAAAGUUUUUAGGUCGAGAAUAUAUGCCUACAGUAACAGAACAGAACCAAAAUGAUAAUUCCCAGGUCGAAGAUAGUAGAUUCAAAGAUCGUACAUGGCUGCUGUCGAAAGAAACUUUGCAAACAAUGCAGUGUAAAACAAAAUAUGGAGUACUUAUUCAAAUUGAUAAGGUUCCUGUUGGUAUUUGUCGACGAGUUUCAAUUUUUUUCAUUUGUCACCGAUGUGGCCAAGUGUAUUGGGAUGGUUCACACUAUGAGCGUACUUUGAACUUCACUCUUAAAGGUGUUGUGUCUCAUGAUUCUGAAUUAGUUGGAAACUAAUACCAGUAGUCCACAUUUAGUCCUAUGUCUAUGGAUAGUUCCCAAAAACUGAACUAUAUACAUUUUGUUAUUUAUAAAAUUAGAUUUGGUUGCGCAUUUAUUUUAUUUAUUAUUUUUAAUAUUGUUUAAAAAGAUAUUAUUUUUUCUAAUACGAAUAUCUAGCAAAGUGUUCAAAUAAUAAGUUUUAUAUUUUUGCUUGCGAAGCGUUAACUAAAUCUUCCAACGAUACAAACUAAAAAUUGUUAUUCGUAUCAUUUAGUCUCCAAUUAAUAGUUGUUUAUAUAAUAAUAUCAAGCAAUAGUGAGAUAGCAUUAGAUACAAUAAUGAAAUUAAUGAUUAAUAAUAAAAUUAUAUGAUUUAAUGUACAAAAUAAAACGUACAGAAAAAAAAAGUUUAAUUAAUGAUUCUAUUUCUUCUAUCUCGAAAAUAAUACAAAGACUAUUUUUCGAUCAAGACUUUAAAUUAGAUAAUUUAAUUAUUUAUUUUCUUUUUUUUGCUAUUCAGAAUAUACAGCAUAAUUAGAUUGGUUAAAUGCAUUUUGUUAUUUUAUUAAUAAUAUAAAUAUUAUAGGUAGUAAAUUCAAUUAGUGUGAUUAUAAAUUAUUUACCACUAUUUUUUAGUUUACAUAGGACUUUUGCUUGGUCAAUAAGCACGCAUUUAUGUAUUUUUUACUUAAAAUGAUAAUAUAUAAAUUGUCUAAGAAUAUACAUUUCAUGUUAGAUUUCUAUCUUAUGAAAUGGAUAUUUGUAUGAAGUAUAUACUGUAUGCAGUUAAUCAAAUUUCUAUAGAAUUGAUUAUGUAUCGUCAUUAUUCCUCUUACGAUCGUUGUAAAGUAUGAUAUCUUAAAAUUCAAAAAAUUAUAACAUCCUAUUCCAGUUUUACAAAAAUAUGAUAGUAUACAUGAAUUUCUUCUAAGAAGUAUUUUUUUACGAAUGUUACAUUCGAUCGAACCAAUGCGCUUGAAUAAUACAAAUAUUUUUUUGUGUUAUUAUACUAUAAGAAAUGUAGAAGUUAAAAAUGGCUUGUUAUUUAAUUUAAUAAGUUAGGCUUUGUAACAUUAAUUAUAAAAAACUAUAAGUUUUGAUUGUAUGUGAUUCACAGUUAAUCAACGACUUAUUUGUAGUGGAUUAAGUUCCAAAAAAUUAAAGAAAGUUUUAUUUGUUA